AGGGAGGUAAAAAUAACCAUGCAGGGUGGUCAGUGGUGGAGAAGCACAGCCGCCUCUCUCUCUCUCUGUGUGGCCGCCUUUGUCUGCUCCUCUUCCAGCGCUGAGAGACAGAGGAGGUUGACACCUCAGAACCUGUGGGAAUGGCGGCAGAAAAAUUGAAAAACCACAAAAUCAUCUUCGUGGUGGGAGGACCAGGUUCUGGAAAAGGAACACAGUGCGAGAAGAUUGUCCAAAAAUAUGGCUACACCCACUUGUCCACCGGUGAUCUCCUACGAGAAGAAGUCAGCUCCGGCUCGGACAGGGGGAAGAAGCUUUCGGCCAUCAUGGAGAAAGGAGAGUUGGUCCCUCUGGAGACUGUCCUUGACAUGCUGAGGGACGCCAUGUUGGCCAAAGCAGACCAGUCCAAGGGCUACCUGAUUGACGGUUAUCCCCGGGAGGUGAACCAAGGCGUGGAAUUUGAGAAGAAGGUAAGAACGUGGUGGUGAAUCAAUAUCUCUCUC